CGGCGUCCUCCUCCUCCUGCUCCUCCUCCUCCUCCUCCUUCUCCUUCUCUUUGGUUCCUCGCGUUCCUGGGUCCUCGUCGCCGCCGUCCUGCUCGGGCUCCUCACUCCCUCCUUCCCAUCGGCUCACCGUCGGCCUCGCCCUUCUGCCGAGCCUCGGCCUCUGGCCGAAUAAUGGCACACCCGAUACACUAAAAGGAUUCACUCGCUUGACGCCACUUAGCUUGACAUCAGAGCAUCCCGAUGGCUGGGCUUGCCGUUGGUGGCUACAUCCUCGCGCUUCUGCAGCUCCUGCCUGGCCCCGCAGUCGGCGUCCAGAAAGUCGACAGCGUCAUCGAGAAGAUCACCAAGGAGAAGUUUGACAUCGCCCACGAGAAGUUGACGAAGGAGAAAUUCGACAUCUCCCAGGAGAAGGUGACCAAGGAGAAGUACGAAAUUGCCCACGAGAAGCUGAUCAAGGAGAAAUAUGACAGGAAGGAAGGGAGGACUUCGGGGAGGACGACCAGGCUGACGAAGGAAGGGUUGCUCGAGCAGAGCGGAGAUAAAACCGACCUCGGCAAUAUGAACAGGGCGGGCGUCAUCCAUUACAAGCGCUCAACCUUUAAGAAGACCACGGGGCAGGGUGGCAAACUAUUCUGGCCUGAUUCUGUCAAUCGGGAAGGUCAGCUCUACUCUGGCGCGACAGACUUCACUGAGAACCUCUCCUGGGGUUGGCACCACCCGAGCGGAGUGUACAACACUAUCCCGGUCGGCAGCCCCCUCAUUGACGACGAUCGAAAUAUCUACCUCGGAGCCGAUGAUGCUAUCCGGAAGUUCGACGUCACCGGCAUCCUCAAGUGGAGCUACGCCCCCAGAGGGCAACUCGCAGCAGCACCCACACUGUGCAUCGCCACCAGCAGGCGCCAGGCGGCCGCUGAGAUCGACGACGAGAUGGAGGAGGACGAGCUGCGGCCAGACUGGGCUGUGGGCAACGAGUCGAUGCAGUCUUCCAAGUUCUUCAGAGAGUUCAAGGUCGGCGACCUCGUCAAGGUGAAGCCAGGCUCGAGCUACCGGGCGGACGGGAAGGAGCUCUACAAGGCAGGCGACCAGGGACUGAUCUCUGGCGUCGUCACGGGCGAGGAGGGCAGGGACAGGGCCGUCAUCCAGUGGACGCGCACCGGGCAUAAGAGCGUGGUGCAGCUCCGUGCCUUUAGCAACCGUUUUGUCCGGGUGGCGCCGAAGCAAACGGCGGCCACAUCGUCUUCCAUGCUCGUAGGGAGCACCACUGCCGGCUACGUGUUCGCACUCGACCUGGCAACUGGAGAUGAGCUGUGGGCAACCUGGGCCUCAAACGAGAUCGCUGGUGUCAAAGGGGCUGUGGCUUGCAAGGGCGGGAUCGUUGUGGUCGCAACCGAUCGCUGCACUGACCGCUACUGCUACAGGUACCGCAACCAGACCAAUCCUCUAACGCCGGGCAAUCAGGUGGUACGGGGCCUCAGUGCAGUUGACGGCAGUGCUGUCUGGGCGUAUCGGACAAUGGCGCCCGUGUGGAACAUGGUCCCGCUGUGGGGACCAGGCGACACCGUGAUGUUUCAGGACUGGGAGGGUAGGCUGUAUUCCCUGGAUUACUUGACUGGGGAGCUCCACUACAAGGUCGGUGGCGACAUCGGGACACACACCAACGCAGCUGCCGUAUACGACGCCAGUUGGAACAUGGUGUUCGCACUGGGCAUGGUGCACUACAACGUGAUGAACUAUCACAUGGAAGACGCACUCGGCAUCCCAACGGGUAAAUACUGCAAUCCCUACCCCGCACCUGGCAUUUUGAUUAAUUGCUGGACGUGGCCAGGUGGACGGGGGUUUGUCCGUGGCUACAAUGCCAGCUCUGGCAGGAACGCUUGGGAGCGGCUCACGCCAGAGCCUCCGGCUUCUGGCGCCGUCGGCAUGCUCAACGGCCACGGCUCCAUCGGCGUCGGCGCACACUCCCGCUUGGUGGUCACCAUGGCUUUCAAUUGCUGGGUCAACUCGCCCUCCCAGAUCUGGUCCCUGGAUCCGAACAACGGCGACGUUCGGUGGAUGAGGGACGGCCCGACGCUAUGGACCAACUUCUGUGCUGGCGACAAGGAGGGUGCCGACAUCCGCAGGGCCAUGGGCGGCCGCGCCGCGUGCAAGCCGAACAGUUGGUCCACACCGGUGAUCGAUUCGGCGGGCGACGUAUAUGUCGGCAAUCAGGUCGGCGUGCUGUCGAGGUACGGCGCGCCGAACGGGGGUGGGUCCAGGGACGUCCAGGUGCUCUCAACCUUGACAACUGGCGUGGCAUUCCAGGAUGCAGCCAUCGCAAUCGCCGAUGGGCUCAUGGCCGUGUCCACAUGCACUUCCCUCAUCGUCUUCCAGACCUACGCAGAUCAGCUCCCGAACGGGACCGGGUCAGUCUCGCACGCCGACUACACGCCGAGCGACGGAAUGGUCCACGGCGACGAGGCGAGCCACGAGAUCAGUGAGACUGCGCACGAUCACUGGGCCGAUCCUUUCAACGCCCGCUAGUCGGCAGGUCAUGACGAGGACGUGAGCCACGAAAUCAGUGAGGGUGCGCACGAUCAUCCAUGGGCUGGUGGGCCAGUGUCCCGUCUGGCUGGGUCAAUCCUCGGGACGUCUGGUAGGUGACCAGUCAUAGCGUCGCAUCUUCCGAAUUGGCGCAAGCCAGCUGCGUCAGUGGGUCACGUAUGACCAGGCGCGCCAUGGACAACAUCUCGGCCUGGCUAUGAGAAACGCUCCUUUUGAGUGAUGACCAUGACAUUGUGGGGUAGUGGAUCGAAACCCUGGGCAAGAGCGGGGGACCUGGCAGGCAUCCCUGCCAAAUCGCCAACGUGUCAUCGAAGACACGAGCGGCAAAUCACCAUCCCACCAUGGCUUUUCGUCAAUGCUUACGUGGCCAGGCGUUGGCCCAUUGAGCAUCUGGGGCCUUUUGACCACUUCCUUGGAGCGUCUCGC